UUAAUUUAUGUUUCCUUUGUUCACACUUUAUUGAUCUAUAUUUUGUUCUUUUGCUUCUCAUUAUUCUUAUAUAUAGAUCAAAGAUCCUCACUUUUUCUUGUGGUAAAUUAAUUAAGUCUCUUUGAAGUUCAUUUGAAAAGAUGGUUGGCUUGGUAUCUCGUUCGGGAAGAGAGAUGCAAAGAUACAAUAGUAACGGUGGUCGCCAAGUUGUGGGGUGUAUUCCAUACAGAUAUAAACAAAACAUUGAUGGCAGUAUGAGCAAUGAAUUUGAGGUACUUCUUGUUAGUUCACAAAAGGGUCAUACAUUUAUGUUUCCGAAGGGUGGAUGGGAAGUUGAUGAAUCUAUAGAAGAAGCAGCAUGCAGAGAAUCCCUUGAAGAAGCAGGAGUUAUCGGAACUGUUGAGCAUGAAUUGGGUGAAUGGAGUUUCAUUAGUAAAAGAUAUGGUAUAUACUACGAAGGUCACAUGUUUCCGUUACUGGUUAAGGAACAACUUGAGAUUUGGGCUGAGAAAAAUCUACGUACAAGAUUAUGGAUGAAUGUUGUUGAAGCAAGAGAUGUUUGUCAGCAUUGGUGGAUGAAGGAAGCAUUAGAUAUACUUGUUCAUAGGCUAACUCUACAGCAAAAAUAAGUAGCUAGAAGUAACUGUUGAAAAAUGUUUUGCAUUUCUUUAGUAUAAAUAAAGAGCAGUUAUUCAAAGUUGGGGAGAAAACUUAUCAUGUUGCAUGAGAGGGUCCAUAUUUCCCAUAAGUUAAAAAUGAGGGAGUUGUUCAAGUUGUUUUGUAUUUAUCAUUCGAAAAUAAUGUAAGAAUACGGAACUACUCGAUUAGUCAAUAAUGGAGAAA